AACUUGUUUAGCUUUGUGAACUUCCCGCCAUAUUAACGCACGGUCUGGAGACUGGGACCAACCUGGACGCCUUGCAAUUUUUUGCGAUUUGCAUGAUUGUUCGUUUUGUUGUGGUUACAGCAAACGACGAGCUCGUAUUUUUGAAUACCGUUUUCUGGAAUAUUGAGCUUUAUCUGUCUUACAUAAAUGGGACAAUGACUGAGGAGGAAACGUUGUGUGAUCGAACUUAUCGAGCUCAUGAAAGACACGAAAGCAAACCAGAUAAACCAGAAACGCGUUCGUUGCCAAGACAUACAAAGCAAGACCAUAAGGCCCCAGGUGCUCAGUUUUUGUACAGUCAGCUGGGAAGAGUGGUAAUUAAGAAGCACACAUACUUGACGCCUGUAACACAUGCUACAUAUCCCUGGAACUAUGCCCAACCACCUGGGAGAAAAUCAGCCUUCAAAAUGCCGAAGACUGUAUACCCCAAGAGAUGAAACUUAAAAGAAGAAUCUUAAAGGGGAAGGUGCCAUGAAGAAUAACCAGCAAAGGCAAUUGUUAGACCUUGUUGAUCUGUAUUCUUCUCUCCAAAUUUAAAAAAAAAAAAAAAAGCGAA